UGUUCUGAGCUUUCAUCCCUCUGGAAGGCUUCACUGAAAUAGGUGUAGGUUCCCCGGAACUCUUUCCAUCCUGGUAGCUGGGGCUCAGGGUGCACGGUGUGUGUGUGGUGGGGGGCAGUGGAGAAGAAGGGGGCAGGGAGUGUCCAAGACUGUGAGGAAGAAAGUUUUCCUCAGGCCUUGACCUCAGCCUCCAGCGGUCGCGAUAGCUAAAAUGAGGUGCAGCCCUUCAGGCGUCUGACUGUCCAAAGCCGGUUCACUCGCAGGCUGACACCCGCGAUCGAGGAGGCGUAGGAGGCUGCGUUUGGAGCUCCGAAAGCAAUCCACUUAAAACCAGCGUCGAGGUAGGGAGGGAUGCAAGCCCGAGUCCCGGGAAAAGUGAAAGGAGAUGCCACUCACUGAACUGAGGCAAAUACUGGAGAACUGGACAGAACUCCUCUCUUGAGCACCGAAGUGGGGGCGCGGGCCCCCUCCAUUGGCCGAGGAAGCCUACCCUGCCCCACCACGCAGAGCAGAGAAGGAAAGAGAGCCCCAUGCCUGAGCCCAGGGGAGCACUAUGGAUCUGACAAAGAUGGGCAUGAUCCAGCUGCAGAACCCCAGCCACCCCACGGGGCUGCUGUGCAAGGCCAAUCAGAUGAGACUGGCUGGGACUUUGUGUGAUGUGGUCAUCAUGGUGGACAGCCAGGAGUUCCAUGCUCACCGGACUGUGCUGGCCUGCACCAGUAAGAUGUUUGAGAUCCUCUUCCAUCGAAACAGCCAGCAUUAUACCCUGGACUUCCUUUCACCAAAGACCUUCCAGCAGAUUUUGGAGUAUGCGUACACGGCCACGCUGCAAGCCAAGGCAGAGGAUCUGGACGACCUACUGUAUGCAGCUGAGAUCCUGGAGAUCGAGUACCUGGAGGAGCAGUGCCUGAAGAUCCUGGAGACCAUCCAGGCCUCCGAUGACAAUGACACAGAGGCCACCAUGGCUGAUGGUGGGGCCGAGGAAGAAGAGGACCGCAAGGCUCGGUACCUUAAAAACAUCUUCAUCUCAAAGCAUUCCAGCGAGGAGAGUGGGUAUGCCAGUGUGGCUGGACAGAGCCUCCCCGGUCCCAUGGUAGACCAGAGCCCUUCUGUUUCCACCUCUUUCGGUCUUUCAGCCAUGAGUCCUACCAAGGCUGCAGUGGACAGUUUGAUGACCAUAGGACAAUCUCUCCUGCAGGGAACCCUUCAGCCACCUGCAGGGCCUGAGGAGCCCACAUUGGCAGGUUGUGGGCGGCACCCUGGGGUGACUGAGGUGAAGACCGAGAUGAUGCAGGUAGAUGAAGUACCCAGCCAGGACAGUCCUGGGGCAGCUGAGUCCAGCAUCUCAGGAGGGAUUGGGGACAAGGUUGAGGAGAGGAGCAAAGAGGGGCCUGGGACUCCCACUCGAAGCAGUGUCAUCACCAGUGCCAGGGAGCUGCACUAUGGGCGAGAGGAAAGCGCUGAGCAGUUGUCACCUCCUGCUGAAGGUGGCCAGGGCCCCCCUGGACGACAGGAGCCCCUAGCACCCCCAGUGGAGAAGCAUUUAGGCAUCUACUCCGUGUUACCCAACCACAAGGCUGAUGCUGUGUUGAGCAUGCCGUCUUCGGUGACCUCUGGCCUCCACGUGCAACCUGCCCUUGCUGUCUCCAUGGACUUCAGCACCUAUGGGGGCCUGCUCCCUCAGGGCUUCAUUCAGAGAGAGCUGUUCAGCAAGCUGGGCGAGCUGGCUGUGGGCAUGAAGGCCGAGAGCCGGCCCCUCGGGGAGCAGUGCAGUGUGUGUGGGGUGGAGCUUCCAGAUAAUGAGGCUGUGGAGCAGCACAGGAAGCUACACAGUGGGAUGAAGACGUACGGGUGUGAGCUCUGCGGAAAGCGGUUCCUGGAUAGUUUGCGACUGAGAAUGCACUUACUGGCUCAUUCAGCGGGUGCCAAAGCCUUCGUGUGUGAUCAGUGUGGCGCCCAGUUCUCAAAGGAAGAUGCUCUGGAGACCCACAGACAGACCCAUACUGGGACAGACAUGGCUGUCUUCUGUCUACUGUGUGGGAAGCGUUUCCAGGCGCAGAGCGCCCUCCAGCAGCACAUGGAGGUCCACGCAGGCGUGCGCAGCUAUAUCUGCAGUGAGUGCAACCGCACCUUCCCCAGCCACACGGCUCUUAAACGCCACCUUCGCUCACAUACAGGUGAUCACCCAUACGAGUGUGAGUUUUGUGGCAGCUGCUUCCGGGAUGAAAGCACACUCAAGAGCCACAAGCGCAUCCACACAGGGGAGAAGCCCUACGAGUGUAACGGCUGUGGCAAAAAGUUCAGCCUCAAGCACCAACUGGAGACACACUACAGGGUGCACACAGGUGAGAAACCCUUUGAGUGCAAGCUCUGCCACCAGCGCUCCCGGGACUACUCGGCCAUGAUCAAGCACCUGAGAACACACAACGGCGCCUCGCCCUAUCAGUGUACCAUCUGCACGGAGUACUGCCCUAGCCUUUCCUCCAUGCAGAAACACAUGAAGGGCCACAAGCCUGAAGAGAUCCCCCCCGACUGGAGGAUAGAGAAGACUUACCUCUACCUGUGUUAUGUGUGAAGGGGGAACCCUGCAUGGUAGAUCAGCAGCGGGAGCCAGUAAAGCUAGAGUAAGACAAAGUGAAAUGACUGUUCAAAGAAAAGGAAAAAGAAAGAAAAAUAGAAAAGAGAAAGAAAGGAGAAGGAACCUGGUAGUUAUUUGGCCUUGGGUUCUCUCUGGGGCUCCAGGUAACCUGGAUGUUAAGCUACUGUCCCUUCCCUGGGCCCUCUCUUUUGGGUGGGUGGAGGUGGGUUUGCUUAUUCACAUGGUGAUAUAUUUUUCUCCUCCCUCAGCCUAGACCCUCCUUUUGUGUCCAGAAACAGAGACCAGAAAGCAGGUGUGAGGCCUUCUGGUCAGAGCCACAGCCUCUCCCCUUAACUCUUCCUUCUGCCUCUUUAGAAAAGGGUCAAAGGGAAACAGAAAGGAGGCCUAAGACGAUGAGGGAUCCCCUGGUUGAUGCUCAGAAUGACAGCUCUGAUGUGCUAGGGACAGACUGAGAAGUAGAAGGACUCUCUUCUGCCCAGCCACAUCUGGGUGCCCUUCAUGGACUCUGAGAGCCUCAUGGCUCUUAUCCCUCAGCUUCCUGCCCCUGCUUGAUGCCUGUCCUCCUAGGACCCGAGGGGCUCAUACCCACAUGGAUCUGGGCUAUAUUUCACCACCUCAGGGGGAAAGCUGCGUCUAAUUCCAGAGCCCCUUCCUCCCCUUAGCUUUCUGAGAACUCAGAACAAAAUUAAUCAGACACCCUGACCCAGCCAAACCCCCUCCUGGGCAAGAUUCCUGCUGAGUUACUUUCUGCUUACAAAAUGGAAACAAAAUAAACAGAAAACCAACUAAAUAUAUUCCAUCCCACCAUCCAAACAAGCACACAUUGCUACAACCCCAUUUUAGUUCCUUGAGGAAGGAAUCCGUCAUCCUGUCUAAAGGGUCCCAUUGUCUAAGAGGAAUGGAUGCCCUCCCGCAGGUGAGCAAUAUACCUACAGGAGGGAACAGAUGCCCUGCCUGUGCGGCACUGGGUUACAGUCAUACUGGGGAUCCAAUAAGCAAAGGGCCUGGGGAAACCCCAGACCCAGGGAGCCCAGUGGGAACACUGGGAUCUGGAGAUGAGCACAGAAUUCCUGGCUCAGGGUCUCCCUCAUCCCCCAGGGAGCAGUGAGGAGGAGCUGAUGGCGCUUAGGCCUCUUGUGUUUGCUUCGUUAGCACAUUGUACUUGAAUUACCUCAGUUUUUUGUUUGUUUGUUUGUUUUUGGUUUUGUUUUUUUGUGACCUCAUGAGCUUUUUAAACCCCUGUUUCUUUUGGGGAGCUGGGGGUUGAGAGAGUUGGAGAAAUGAGGAGGGUAUACUAUUCUGUUCUAGUGUAAAUGAAUAUUUGGCUUUGGACUUGACCUGGUGGGGGGCCUCCCCUUUCCUGUCUGGAAGUGAUAGGAAGAAAAGGAACACUCAGGAUCUGAAUGGGAGGCCAGGAGAGCUAAGAAGGUGGGGUGGAGGGGACAGUGACUGGGUCUUGUCCUGCCCAUGGGUCACUUAGGAGUCACUGCUGGCGUUGCCCAGGGCUCAGACCAUCAGUGCCCACCUUUGGUUCAGCCUGAAGCACUCUAGAGAAAAGUCCUACUACUAUUAGGACUUUCUGGGCUGGUCAGACUUGAGGGGGCCUGUGUUAUUAAGAUAUAUACAACCAUAUGGUUCCCUCCGUGUGCCAUCAUCACUGCCAAAAUUAGUGUACUUUCAUGGCCAAUGUGUUUGUUUGUGUGUGGUGGGGGGUGGCCCAGCCUGGGCUUUAUUGUGCUGGGCGGGGUGUGGUUUUUCUAAAAGCUACCUCUUAUGUUUGUCCAGUCGCUUCUCCUUCCGCCCCUGUUGCUGCUUUGCCUCCUCCCUUCAACUCCCGCCCCAACUUUGGAAAGCACAUUUGCAAUAUUCGUAUUUGCUUUGGGAUGGACCUUCCGUUUCAUUGCAUGUUUUAUGUGUAAGAUAUUCUGUUGCCGUUGUUUUUAUUCUUUCUCUCUCUGAGAAAGUCAUGGCUGCGUUUUGAUCUUAGGUUUUAAAAAGUGGUUUAGGGAAAUGGUUUGGUGGGGAGAAUGGUUGUAGGAUACAGCAGGAAGUUGGAGGGACGGGUGCUGCUGUAGUCACUCCCCCGUCCCUCAGUCCCCAUCCCUGUGGCCCUCCCCUUCAAUCUCAUCCACUGUAUCUGAAGGCCUUAAUAAUUGUGUGUUAGGAGGAUGUGGAGUAGAUACUUGUCUGUGGACUGUGGAUUGGGGAUGGUAAAGUAGGGAGGAUGCUGUUUUGCAGCCCUAGUGAUGACUUAGUGGGUUGGAAAGGAAAAGGAUUUAAACUUGAAAUAUGUGACUAGGAACAGUUUGUCAUGUUUAUAAUGUGAAAAGAGUGAAAUCUUUUAUGGGGAGGAGCAGUUUUUAAGAAACCAUUAUGCACUAUGGCUUCCUCCCCCAGUUUAGAGAGGAAAAAGAUGUGUGUGGGGGGACUGCUGACCCUCAGGGGAUCUGUAAAUCCCAGAAAGCAGUAUUUUUAACAGCAAGCUGUCAUUCAACAUUUGGUGGCGAAGGGAAAAAAA